GCACCAUCUUCAGUAAGCUCAGGAAUCAAACCUUGAUCCUCGCAAAGCAGACGUGACUAGUAAACAAGCCAGGCUAGUUAUCUAGCUAGCACGUCACAGCAUUGCGAAUAUGUAGCCGCCAGAUGACAGCACUCUACUUCGAAACUGAUAAUAAUAUGGCGUUUGAUGUGAUGGCAAGCAAUAUAACAUACGGUCAAUUUCUGAAUGACAUUGCUUCCCAGCUUGCUUGCGUUCAACCCACCGUGGCCUUGCUAGCAACCAGCUAACGUUAGUUGGUGGGUAGGAGUUGCUAUUAGCAGACAGGCUGAACUUGGCUAACGUUAGCCGUCGAUCCAACUACAUUAAAAUGGUAACGAGGUUGCACUAGCUAAUAGCAGAGGGAAAAUGAAGAGAUCUAGAAGUGCUGGUGCAUCUUCACCUUUAAAUGGAAUUGGAAGACACGACGGAGAGUCUCGGAGGAAGAGGAAGGAGGCGGACAUCUCGCAUGCUCUGAACGUGACUCCCGUGGAUGUGGCAGCUCUGAGGAGGAUGGCCAUCAGCGAAGGAGGUCUACUCUCCGACAACAUCCGCUGUCAGGUCUGGCCACGCCUUCUUAACGUGCCCACCCAAAACCUGCCAGAGAAACCAGAGGUGGUUGAGCGGGAGAAUAACAAGGAUUACAACCAGGUCCUUCUGGAUGUCCAGCGCUCGCUACGAAGGUUCCCUCCAGGCAUGCCUGAUGAACAGCGCGAGGGCCUGCAGGAGGAGCUGAUUGACAUAAUCCUGAGAGUUCUGAAGAGAAACCCACAGCUGCACUACUACCAGGGUUACCACGACAUUGUUGUCACCUUCCUAUUGGUCCUGGGAGAGCGCCUAGCAACCGCGCUGGUUGAGAAGCUCUCCACUCAUCACCUCAGGGACUUCAUGGACCCCACGAUGGAUAACACGAAACAUAUCCUGAACUACCUGAUGCCCAUCAUCGAGCGGGUCAACCCGGAGGUGCACGAUUACAUGCAAGAGGCAGAGGUGGGAACCAUCUUCGCCCUGAGCUGGCUGAUCACCUGGUUCGGCCACGUCCUGUCAGACUUCAGACACGUUGUGCGGUUGUACGACUUCUUCCUGGCCUGCCACCCCCUCAUGCCCAUCUACUUUGCUGCUGUGAUUGUGCUGCACCGCGAGGAGGAAGUGCUGGACUGUGAGUGUGACAUGGCGUCUGUCCACCACCUGCUGUCUCAGAUUCCCCAGGACCUCCCGUACGAGACGCUCAUCAGCCGAGCUGGAGACCUCUUCGUUCAGUUCCCCCCCUCAGAGCUCGCCAGGGAGGCCGCCAGCCAACAGACGGCUGCCUCCACCUUUAAAGACUUCGCCCUGGCGUCGGAGCAGCAGCGACCAGACUCGGUGCUACGGCGUCGACGGCGCGAGAAGCAGGCAGCGUUGGAGAGCUCGGGGGCGGGGCCUAUGGCAGUGGUCAAGCCCUCUGCCACCAGGCGCUAUAUCCGAUUGGCCGUCAUGGGACUGACCGUGGCCCUGGGGGCUGCGGCCAUUGCUGUGGUCAACACUGCCCUGGAGUGGGCCCCCAAGUUGGACCUGCAUCUCUUCCCCUGACCUCCCUCCCCCCCUCCCCUCGCCUCCUUCCCCCUCACCACCCACCCUAACCUGACUCCAGCAGGCGCUGUAGAGCUCUAACUUUGUGUUGUCUUUAAAGAUGGAAGGUGGAGGGAGGCUGGUGGGGGUUCCAGGACUCUGAAUGCAGAACGGUUUAGCGCCCACGAUGCCAUGGUUAAGAGCUAAUUCUGUUGACUACCUUGGCAGGGAAUGGACUUUGAACUGCCAAUUUAAAGAGAGUUAGUGAGCGUAUGAAACAUAUAUGUGAGUGUGUUUGCUGUCUGUGUGUGUCUGUGUAUGUAUGUAUGUGUGUGAUCAUGAGUGCUUGCGGGCGUACGUCUACCUGCUUGAGCAUGGGAAGGUUAGGAAUGGACAGAGUUGUUUUCUGUUUCAACCAGGAUCUCAGAAGCAGUCAUUCUCUCUCUCUCUACCUCUCUCGCUCCGUCUCUCUCAUCACUCUGCGAUCACUGUACUGAGACCAAAUACACACCAUUAAAUGAAUCACACUUCCUUAUUUCUAGCACUUAAUUUCAUCAUGAUUAUCCAUAUAUCCUUUUAAGAAGUUAUUUAUUGAUAUCUACAACCACUACACUAUCAGAUGUAAACAACAAAGGGGUUUGUGUGACGUGACUGAAGACAGGUGUCCUCUUCCUGUUUCCUUAGGGAUUGAAGUGUGUGCUUCAGAAGUUCAGAUAUCACCCUUAUGUUUGCUCUAUAGCCUACCAUUAAGGUUUUCCCCCUGGGUCUUGGGGGGGCAGGGGGCGGGAGGCUUGUUUGUGGGAAGUCCCACAUGAAUUCUCUCUGAAGCACAAUUGUAGACUGUCGUUCGAGUAUGAAGCUCUAUAACAAUGUAAGGAAACUUCAUUCUUGUCUACGUCCUACGUCCACAGCUGUAAUCACUGGAUGGCCUGGUCUUCUUGUAGUCCACUUCCUGUUGCCUGACCUGCAGACAGUGAUUUGAGGGUCCUGCCACAGAACAACAAACAUGGACGUUGUUGAGGCUGAAAGAAAGAUACUCUGGUGCCUGCAUAGUUUCAAGUCAAUAAAUAUAACAAGUUAUUCAGUAUUAUUUGCUGUAGAUGGUGUUUUGUUUUUGCACUGAAAUGGGUUUAUCUCAUUGGUUUUAUUAUCAUUGCACUAAAUCUGCCUUUCAUGUUAAUUUCUGUAAAAAAUGUUUAGAAAAUGACAAGAUGUACAAUUAUAAUAAACGACUUAGGAUGGAU